AUGAAGGAUGUUCGCCGAAUUAUUGGCAAACACCUCAUCCAGCAAAAUUUGCGUCCGCCGAUCCAAUGUUACUACAACAUGUCGUCAGUGGAGACGGCUCCAGCGUUUAAUCCAUGCGUCACGACUCAUUUUCUCUUUGCAGAUGACAGUUGCCUGAGGGCGAGGAUCUUAACCAACUACUGGGAUGCAAUUCGACAGCCGUCGUCGGACACCUUGGUUCAAUGA